UAAAAUCAGUAUCUCCUUCAAAUUCCGAUAUUCGCGUGCUCCCGCCAAAAAAACAGCCAUGAAUGGCCGCCGGCGACGAUUCCUCGCGCCGACUUCAUCUCCUUCUCCGUCGAUCGGCGAUCUCCGUGUUAAGUUCUCUCGAAUUGUUUCUCAUCAGGAACAGCUCAAACUCGCCUUCAAUCAGCUAGAUUUUCAGAUCCGAACUGGCUUGCAGGAAGCUGCUGAUGUGUUUGAAUCGUUAGCUAAUCCACUGAUGAAGCUAGUAGGAUUGAAGACUGUUGAAAUGGCUGAGGAAGGAAAAAUCAAUACUGUUGUCUUCGAUUAUGAUCAUUUUUAUCCUGAUGACUGCAAGAGAAACGAGAAUGGAGCUGAAAGGACGGUGAGAAAAGAGGCUAGUGAAAUUGAGGAAGAAGGCUAUAUGAAUAGAGCCAAAACUAUUGGCAGAGAGCUAAUCCAGAAACAAGAGAUGCAGCUAAUGCAGUUGAUCCAUCUGCUAAGACAAGUUGAAUCCCAAGUAAAUACAAGCCAAACCAACAUUCUUCAGACCCUUAGUGACCAUCAAAAUUCCAUACAUAAUGUUUUCAAGAAAGCUGUUGCAUAUGUUUCUGCCAUUCACCAAACAGGUGAAAAUAAUGACACUUCUUUGAUCACAAUUCAACUUCUAAAACACAUAUUCCGUCUUGUUGUUACUACACUGAGCUCGGUAGAGUAUGGAGUGGACAACCUGGUAGAUGAGCUAGCCACAAGAAUGUGUAGUCCAAUGGUCGACUAUGUCAAGGGUCUUAAGCUAGAAGUCAGAUCAGGAAGAUGUCAUCACCUACUGAGCAUAGUGGAAGAGAUGGGAGGAGCAAUGAGAACAGGGAGGACAGAGUUGGAGGAAGCAAGGAAGAAGGCAAGAAUAGCAGAACAUAAUAGACUUGAGGUGUUGUACAAGUUGAAGAAAUCAGAAGAAAUGGCAAGGAAAUAUCAAGGAUUCCUUUCGAAAGCCAAGAACGGAUCAAAGGAGCUAUUUGAGCAAGAGAAGAUUGUAGUGAAGGAACGGGAUCAUGCUAAAGAGGACAACCUACUGUGGGAGCUACUACAGAAGAAGAGAAAAUUAGGCAUGGGAAAUGGCAGCAGUAAACCAUGUGGCUCAUUGAGACAGUUGAAAGAGCUAGGUCCACGAACCCCGCACUUGGGUCCCUCCUCUUCACCUACAUACAGUUCAAAUGGGCAGCGUUUGCUACCCAUGAUACCCCUGGGUACCUCGCCUUCAGUGACGUAUCCACAACAUAAACCUCAGAAAAAGGUCAAAUCCGGAUUUCAUACAUAAGAUUUUAGCAUAUGGCACGCAGGUCACUUGCUGAUAGGAGGCUUGGACCAGUUUGCCUUUGGCAUGGUUUUCGUAACUAUACCUCGAUUACCUUUUAACUUUUACUACAAAGUGCUUCAGUGGUUUUGCCAUUUUUGCGUGCUGUUAUUCCACCAUGUUGACAGUAUAUAAACUUUAGAGUGGAUUCACUUAUUAAACAUUCUAAACCAUGAAAAUAUCCUCUGGUGUGGACAGCGGUUA